UUUUGACAAACGAACAGGACAGGUGAUUUGUGUAUGAUUAUUGCGUUCGGAAGCGAAGCAAAAUAAAAUGCCGUAAUCUAUUAUUAAGUGUGUAUUUUGUUUAUUUUUCGGUGAGCUGUCCGUUCCGACUGCGACCGCGUCUUCACUAAAAAUAAUGUAACCGAUAUUGAGUAGUUAAAUUUGGACCGCAGGUAGCGAGGCCAACUAAUAUUUUAGCUACACGUUCGUGCGUAACUCCUCGCUAUUUGAACGUUUACAUUCCGUCUACAUUCGUUCUCAUAUCAUUCAGCUUAGGAUUAAGAGCUCCGCUUAAUUUAUAAUUGAGUAUAUCUAUGAAGAAACUGUAGAAAACUUAUUAACUAGUAGUUCAAGUUUGCCUUAAGACAAGUUGUAAAAGACAUGAAGAAUAAAUAUCGGAAUACAGAUUCGUCCAUUAAGGCGGGAGAUUUGAUAUUAACUGAGCAGCCCUUCGCCUAUGUGUUAUCUUCAAAGGAAAAGGGUUUCCGUUGUGACAAUUGCUUGGAAAAGGGCAAGGUGCUGAAAUGUUCCGGAUGCCAAUUUGUUCACUACUGUGGACGGUCGUGCCAGAGGGAUGCGUGGAAUGAUCACAAGUGGGAAUGCUCCAACUUAAAGAGGAUAGCUCCAAAAGUCAUACCAGAUGGAGCUCGAAUGUUGGCGAAGAUCAUUAACCGGCUGAAAAGAAGUGAUGGCAAUUCUUACCGGGCAUUCUACUCCGCUACCUCAUUCCGCAUGUGGAAGGAUUUGAUGUCGCAUUAUUCCGAUUUGAAAGCAGAUAAGAAGAGGAUGGAUCACUUCACUUCUCUCUGUGUGGUUCUAUACGAAUUCCUGAAAGACAUAUCAUUGCCAAAUACUGUUGAACUCAUGGGAAUUUAUGGGAGGAUGGUAAUCAACAGCUUCACCUUAUUGGACACGGACAUGAAUUCCAUUGGUACGGGUAUUUAUUUAGCGUGUUCCAUCGUCGAUCAUAGUUGCAAUCCCAACGCUGUCGCGACUUUCGACGGAAAGACCAUCUCCAUCCGAGCUAUCCAGGAUAUGCCUUGUCUGGAUUGGAAUCAGAUCCGUAUAUCCUACAUCGACCUGAUGAAGUCUCCAUACGACAGACAAACAGAGCUUCUGAAGAGCUACUAUUUCUUGUGCCAAUGUGACAGGUGCAUGGACGAAAACCAGCAUAAAGUUCUACAUGGUGCAAAAUGUCUGAACCGCGAAUGUGAUAACCCCGUCAAGAUACCUUGGAAGGAGAAUUGUGAACUGGUUCGAAAACCAGAAAAGAGUGACGACGAAUCCGAACCCGCACAAAAUGGCGACGCAUUGAAUGAUCAUGAUGAACUAGAGAUAAAGCAAAAUGGGUUAGAACAAGUGAUACACUGUACGGAGUGUGGGACAAAAUACACGGAGAAUCACGUGAAUGUAUUCAUCAAGACUAUGGAGUUUACUGAAAUGCAUUUGCAGAAUAUGCAAGAGACAUCUGUAGCAUAUGUGGAUGUUUGCAAGUAUUGUUUGGAGAGACAGGAGGGAGUGCUUCACCAUCUAAAUGUGAUGCAUGCUCAGACCUUGGACCACGCGUUUGACGCACUCAUACAAGUUCAACUCUGGGAGCUAGCGUGCGAAUAUGCUGAGAAAUUGAUACCUUGCUUCAAAUUCUACUAUGGCGAUCGACAUCCACUUCUUGGGCUUUUGCAUUUGAAGUAUGGCAAGAUUUUGCUGUACAAAACGGACUUACAAAAGGCUCUAGCACAACUAAAGUGCUCUCAGAAGAUUCUAAAAAUGACACACGGAGAAAGACAUCCACUUUAUAAAGACCAACUAUUACCUUUACUCACGCAAGCAAUGUUAGAAAAUUCGUGAAUUGAUUUGCAUUCUGUUCUUGAUUGUCAAUUAUUUUAACUAAAGGCUGUGUGUGCAAUAAAUUCAAUUAAGUUUAAA